CCAGGACCAGCAGGACCACAAGGACGUCCAGGAACCCCAGGAACUCCAGGACGCCCAGGAGCCCCAGGACUCGCUGGAAACCCAGGAAGACCACCCCAGCAACCAUGCGAGCCACAAACUCCACCACCAUGCAAGCCAUGCCCAGGAGGAGAACCAGGAGCCCCAGGACCACAAGGACCACGCGGAAACCCAGGAAGCCCAGGAGGCCCAGGACAAAAGGGAUCUGAUGGACAACCAGGAGCCCCAGGAGACAGAGGACGUGAUGGACAACCAGGAGCCCCAGGAAAGGCUGGAUCCCGUGGACAACCAGGAGCUCCAGCUCCAAAUGGAUCACCAAAGCCAGGAGCUCCAGGAGCCCCAGGACCACAAGGACAACCAGGUCCACGCGGACCAGCUGGACAUCCAGGAAAGGACGGAGCUCCAGGUGCUCCAGGAGAGAAGGGACCACAAGGAGAAGCCGGAUCCCCAGGAAACGAUGGAA